ACCAUUAUCGGAUUUACACAUCCUAUGAAGGCAAAAUGUACCAUCCUCAGGGCCCAGAGGGACACCUUCAUGAUCAUCUAUCACACACCUGCUUCUCAGAGAUAAUCUCACCUCAGUCAAAGAAGACAGCCAGCAAGAGGGAUGGGAUAAAAUUUAUUGAUCUUAUUUUUCUUACUGAUGUAGACUCAGCACCUGAAACAAUACCUAACACAGACUGAAUGAAUCAGCAAAUGAAGAAAUCCGUAAUGCUGAGGACAUAAUUCAGUCAUAAGAAGUCAUAACGAAGAAAAAAUGCUUACUUUAAAAGGUUAGAGUACUUUGGAUUAAAAACCACAAAAUAUGUCAAAGAUUCUCCUCUGAGAGCUUCAGACAAGAACAGACAGUAAGUAGUCCAGGAGGCUGAGAUGCAUCACAUCGCCCCCUAGAUAAGGUGGGAAGAACUGCAAGCUGGGAGGGCCAGCUGCAGGCCUGAAGGCCAGCAACUCUCUCCUUGUACAGAUGAUAAAACUCGGUUCCAGAGAGGGAGGCUGAUACACUGCAAGUCACACAUCUACCACCCUUGGUCCCCACACCAGCAAGAGCUUCUUUCCAAAAGCUCUGUGGUUAAAGAGCAAAGAGGAUGAGAUGGAGGAGACAAACCAGACAGCCGUGAUGGACUAUGUCCUGCUGGGGCUCCAUGGGCACCAUGACCUAGAGGUGGUCCUGUUUGUGCUUUGCCUGGGCAUCUACUGCAUGAAUCUGCUGGGGAACUCCCUCCUCAUGGUGCUGAUCAUGCUGGACCCCCACCUGCACAACCCCAUGUACUUCUUUCUCAGCAACCUCUCCCUCAUAGACAUCUGUGGCACCUCCUCCUUCAUACCUCUCAUGCUCACCAACUUCCUACAAACCAGAAGUACCAUCUCCUUCCCAGCCUGUGCCCUGCAGAUGUACUUGACCCUGGCUUUGGGUGCUACAGAAUGCUUGCUCCUGGCUGCGAUGGCCUAUGACCGUUAUGUGGCUAUCUGCCACCCACUCAGGUACACAGAGCUCAUGACUGGACAGAUGUGCAUGCAGAUGGCAGCGCUGAGCUGGGGGACAGGCUUUGUCAACUCACUGCUACAGUCCAUCCUGAUCUGGCGCCUCCCCUUCUGUGGCCACAAUGUCAUCAACCACUUCUUCUGUGAGAUUUUAGCAGUGCUGAAACUCGCCUGUGGGGACAUAUCCCUUAAUGCCCUGGUAUUGAUGGUGGCUACAACCAUCCUGACAGUGACCCCUCUCCUGCUCAUCUGCCUCUCCUACAUUUUCAUCCUGGCUGCCAUCUUUCGGGUUCCCUCUGCUUCAGGCCGGCGCAAAGCCUUCUCCACCUGCUCUGCACACCUCACAGUGGUGGUGAUUUUCUAUGGGACCAUCUCCUUCAUGUACCUCAAGCCUAAGGCAAAGAACCCCAAUGUGGAUAAGAUUAUCACACUGUUUUAUGCCGCCGUGACACCCUCACUGAACCCCAUCAUCUACAGCCUAAGAAAUGCAGAGGUGAAAGCAGCUGUCACAGCUCUGCUUGGGGGAGGUCUGCUCACUAGAAAAUUCUCCCACGUUUACUGUUGCCCUCCAACUCUGUCAGUCAACAUGAGCUAGCCUAUCUUGUGGUAAUGGAAUCAUUAAUUAAGUGGCUUAAAACCAACAGAUUUCUCACUUAUGCCCCAGGUCCAUAAGGGCUUGGCUGGGGUUCUGCUCUGCUUCCUUUUAUCCACCCCUCACCCCCACCACAGGACCCAUCUGUAACAUGGCUGGGCACCAUUACAAAACGAGAAGAGAAGGUGUCCUUUCUCUCCCUUCACACCCACCUUCUUCCAGACUGUCAUUCCAGGGUCCUGGAGCACCUUCAGGCCCACCACAAGACACAGAGGUACCAACUUUCAUUGGUGUCUCCAGCUGCUCCCAAGGCUCUGUCCCUCUAGUCUCUAAAAGAAAUUCCUCACAUUCCUCAUAGUGGUUCUGCCAUUGAAGUCUAGCCCCAAUUGAUCCAUCACUCUUUUGAUCGAGACCCUUCAUGGCUCCCCAUCACCACAGCAUUAAGUCCAAAUCCUUGCUGAGUCUUCAAGGCCCCCAGAGUCUGGCAGCAUCUGCUUCUUCAGCCUGACUUCCACUUCCCCCUCCACACAGGCCAGCCAAUCACUACAUCCUCUGCACUGCCCCCACCUCCAGGUCUUUGCUCCUGCUGUUCUCAGUCACACUGGGAUGAGUUUUCAAAGCCAGCUCAGACACCAUCUCUUUCAUGCAUUCUUCUCUGAUGCACUUUGAGAUUGUCCCCUUUAUAUCCUACAGCACCUUUCACUUUACCUGUCUCAUCCUGACUUGUGACAUUUCCUCAUCAUCAGAGCUCCUUGGGGGCAGCCUGCCACCAGGUCUCACCUACUGCUGUAGCUUUGGGAGGGCUUUCUCUACAGCAGAUUUCCUGAACUGACUUGUUACCCAGAAGCUUUGAGCACUGAGUCCAGUGGUGCUGAGUAUCUCCAAGCAGUGGCAGGUGGACAGGGGUCCUGGCGUGGCUAUGUACAGACAGGUGAAGGGAGCAGCAGUACUGAUGGCCACAGUCUUGUCCUCGAUGCAGGCAGGGCUGCUCUGGACCUUGGGCUGUCUCCUGUGAGACAAGUCAGGAGACAGCCAAGGGCUGCUGACCUGCUUGGCUGUUAGGCCUGGCUCUGUCUUAUGGUGGUAUUCUUCCCACCAGGGAUCCCACAGGCACCUCACACUCAACAUGUCCAAAUCGGAAAUCAUCCCCAACCCCCAAGUGAUGGCACCAUCUUCAGGAAUGGCACCAUUCUAAAACAGUACAGAAGACAUCACUUAUUCUCUGCUUCAAAGACCAGACACAAGUACUAUAGUCCACUAAGUUACCCAGAAUUCAUUUAGGAUUUGGGGUGUUUUUUCAAACAUUUCACCUUUCAGGUUUAAUGAGGUACUUGCUCCUAAACCAUAUUUUCAAGUGUAUAGAAGGAAGGAAAUGACCAAAAGUUUCUGGAAAAGGGACUUGUAUUAAAUCCUUCUAUCUUUGAUAAGGCAGGAUACAGAGCAUGGGGGUGGGGAGGCAAAGCCAAAUCAGCAAAUAUUGAAGACACACCCAGGGGAAUCACUGAGAACUGACUUUCUCCUAUGAAAUAUUCUAUGCUGAACAAAGACUGUGAGAAAAUCUAGAUAUUGUUUCUGGAGUGUGGAGAUUUGGGGAAAUCAUCUGAUCGUCUACUUAACAUUCUCAGUGUUAAGUAGGAUUUAGAGCAUAAAAAGGGAUAGAUAGCAAAGACAGAAAUGUAGGUAACACCCCCAAGCUUUUAACCCACCUAAUACACUGUCUGAAUCACUUUUCUUUGAAGGAAAACUGGGUUAUAUUGCAACUAACGGAGGAAGCUAGAUGGCCACAAGGGGGAAUUCAAGCCCCUAAUGUGAAAGUUCCAGAUCUUGGUUGUGUAUGUGCAAUAAUCUGAGGGACUGACCUAAAAUUCACCUGUUGCUAGUUAACAUAUCAUUAAUAUUGUGGUUUGUUCCCCCUGUGUGCAUUUCCCAAGGAAAAAUAAAUUUACACAUAGCCAGUAAAGAAAAAAUUACACUAAAGUAAACUGUCAAUCAAGGUUCCAAUCAACCCCAAUCCACCCAGGGGAAAAGGGGUAGGUAAAAUUAUCACAGCCCAAUAAAAGUGAACUCCACUGUUUAGUCAGAACCUUGAGCUACUUUGCAGCUCAGCCCACUAUGUUCUCCCAGAGUGUAUGCUUUUACUUCCAAUAAACCUUUGCUUUGCUUGUCAA